AUGAUGCCGUCUCAUCAUCAUUCCAACGGUUCUCUUUCAGACCGAGGAGGAGCGACACAUAAGUGUCAUCCUGUAUCCUCUCGUAACACUCAACAGCAUAAUCCUCGUUUUCUUGAAAUCAAUGGUACAUGCGCUCUGACUGGUUCCACGCCUUCCAAUCCACUCGCUAGUGAAGAAGAAGAACAAGAUCCCAACAAUUCCAUUCGUGCCUGCAAAAGCCUCAAUUCCACUCCAAAAAAGAAAAAACAAUGUUUUGCAGCACUGCCCGACCUUCAAGUGAGUCCUUCUCCGAGAAUUGCAUUCUCUCCUAUAAACACGAAAGAAAGCAAUCAGAAUGGAGGUACUAAUAGUCAGAGUCCGACCACUUCUUCCGUGUGCAACUAUGAUGGGUGUAAGAAUUCCCGAGAGCCAAGUUCCAUAGCCAUGUUUUUAUCUCCUUCUCAUCGAUAUUCAUUGAGUACGGAACCUUCCUCAACCUCUGUUUUGAGUGCAACCUCUUCUAUUAUGAAUGGCUCCAAUAGUAAUACAAUGAAUAGCAAUGUAUCUCCGAGCAAAGGAAAUGGAAAAUUAGCACCUGGACCAUUAUUAAGGGAAGUUUCUCAGACCAGUAUGUUGGGUGCAAAGAGAAGAACUAAGAAUAUCAUGGACAGUGCCGUGAGUAAUUUGAGGAGAGAAAUUGAUUGCUCUCGCAUGAGAACGAUGGAAAGUUAUAAUAGUAUUGUACAAAAAAAGAAGGAAAUUAAGAAGGAUCCCAAAUUUGAAACCCAUUUGCAUUGUUAUGCUCAGAAUCGACUUGGACAAGAACUUGCUCAAGUCUCCUAUGUUCAAGACAAUAACAAGAUUCUUGAUGUGGAUGAUUUAUUGAAUGGAAUUUUUGAUAUUGAUGAGGCUAAGCGAAUUCGAGCAACCAAGAUGAAAACGAACCUGCAUCACAGUCAUCCGCAUGGACAUUGCCUACUGAAUACACAUCCCAUUAGCGCAAGCAUCAACAAUCACAAUUCAUUAUCCAACGCCUUGUUCAUGAAGGAGCAAAUGAAAGCAGCAAGCAAGUCACCUCGCUUGCAGGAAAAUCCUAAUUUCAGCCAACAAUACGCCAAGUUUUUAACCAACAAGAGCGUCAAGCUGAUCUCAGACCUAAGAAAAAGUACAGAACAAAAUUCUAGAGCCGUACAGGAUGUUUUGGCUUACCAACAAACAGUCGAUCCGGAGCUGAAAGCUAAGGUUAAGAAAAAUCUAGAGCUCAUGCGAAACUCAUUGUCCUUAAUGGAAAAGGCGCAAGAAAAGAAAGCUGAGCAGAGAAAAAGACUCUUGUCAUCGAGAAGACAGCACAGACAGUCAAAGUGA